UUGGCCGCCGUGGCUGCCAGUCAGAGGAGCUGGGAGUCAGCCGCUGCUCGGAGAGCAGAUUAUGAAGCGGAGCUCAACCAGCGGCAGUCUCCCCUCAUUGUCUCAAUGGCUGCACACGCAUUCCUCGUCUGCUCCCUUGCCUUGCUGUCUGCUCUCAGCCGGCCCGGGCUCUCUUUCUCUGACGAAGAGCUGCAGCCGGGACUCAUCUAUGAAGAAGUGCCUGACAUCCUGGACAGAAGCAAAGAGAAUCCCAAACAAGCAACAAGAGUCACAUCAAGUCAAGAUGGUGGGUACGGCUUAGAGGGUGAAGAGGUUAUUUUGACGCCGGAAGAUGAAAACCCACUCAGGAGAAUACUGCAGCCUUUUAACUGGCAUCAGCCAGGGAUGCCACACAGCAAGAGGAAGCUGCUCCAGUCUCUGGUGGGGCCCUACGGCCCUCUGAGCGUGUCGUACAAUGGGAAGACCUGCAUUCUGUUCAAGGCAAAGCGCCUGGCAAUCCGAUACAGAAACCAUACCUUCAUUGAUCUGACCGAGAGGGUCUUUAACCUCAACUCACCCGUGGACACUAAAGGUUCCAUCUGCACCAAGGAGAAAGCUACGCUGUCGUUAAGAUUCGGUGAUGUGGAGGAUUUGCGAGGUCUAGUAAUCAGGCUUCAGAUGUCCAACACUUUUUAUGAGGCAGCUGGUCAAAACUGGUUCACUCUAGACAGCGUUCACAUCCACUACAACUGGACCCAGGAGGCUACGUUCAACGCCAGCGAGGUCUACGCUCCUGCCACUUCAUCCUACCAUUGCCAGCACGUCAGCAGCCUGCACAAAUAUGACACCCUGCUAGUGCCCAGCUCCCACACUGACACAUCAGCUAACUGGCACAUCACUUUCACUGAUUUCCAGAUCCAGGCCUUCAACGUGCAGUCAGACAAGUUUGCCUCGGCCAGUGACUGUGCCACUUUCCUGACGCCGGCCAUCCUGAUGGGCUUAGUGACAUCGUUGAUCCUGCUCCUCGUCUUAGCCUACGCCCUGCACAUGGUCGUACACCUCAAGCACAUCGACCGCUACGAGGAGCACAAAGCUACUGUUUACUUCCCCCGUAGUCCAGAGGCAGAGUUGCCAGACAAGAACAGCCUGUGAAGGAAUAAGAAGAGCUGGAUGACAGAAAAGGGGAAGAGAGGGAGAGCAAAAGCUGAGGAGCAAGUGAAUACAAGGGUGAAAAAGUAUCCUCCACUGAAUAUGUGUUAAACAAAACGACAAUUUUGCCUGUUCAUACUAAAACCUUGUAAGUCUUAAUUACUUUAAGUAAAUUCAGACCGUGGUUGGAUACUUUUUACUCUUUCCUCAUUGACCUGCAUCUUGGCAUCCACAUUUUUUAAAUAAGGCCUUCGGAUGUUCAAGCCUCUCCCUGAGAGAUGGUACCUGAUCCUAAUGUCAAAGGUCAAGGACAGCCCCAGGGCCCUGAAGGGCAACAACGUAUACAGGCCUUUACCCCAGCCAGCCAUUAACACCACAACAGGCUAGCAGCUGUAGCUAAUACAGCUAACACCAGACGCUCCUGGUUAAAUGUAUGUAUAACAUGGCUCACAAGUGUCAUAUUACAAGCUUUCAUCACACACACAUUGACCUUCCAGCUUCCAUUACAGUGUCUUUUGUCAAAUACUGCUGCAAGAAAUAUAUAGUUCCAACAGCCAGUUUUAUAGCUCAAAUAGCCGAAAUCAGCUGCAUGCCAUAAAUUGCUGGUCUGUUUUGGCUAGUACAGUGUUUCCUAAUAACAAGGAUUGCGGAAAGUCUUGCAUGAGUUGCAGUUCAAAAUAAUCAAAUAUGGCACAAAGCAGACGGAGCUUGAAAAAAGCUAAUGAGCGCGGGCGAAUGGAAAUAUCGGGAACCACUGGUCUAGCAUCUGGCUGGAGUGAAUGGACCAGCACUUCUGACCCUUCAGAGCCUCUGGCGUCUCUCACCUCACCCCUGAACAAGACUGCUUGCUUGGGACUUAACUGUGAAACGGCCUUUUACAGACCAGCCAGACAAAAGGGGGGGUUCUAUAAACUAGCACAACAUUGGUUGGUUGCGGGGAAAAAAAGCACCGACAACAAACUAUCAAAGACUAUACAAGGAACUAUGCUGCACAAGACGGCCCGUCCGAGGGCAUGGCAGGCAUGCGGGUCUUGGGAGCGACUCGACUCUCUGAGAGUCGAGCAUUUGAGCAAGGGAGCCUCCAUCCACACCACUGGAUUUGACUGCCAAAGUGAAGCUACAAAGGAGUUGCCAUAAAAUAUGGUGAGUGACAGAGUGGGACAAUGUGAAAAAUGAAAGAAAACCAUUACAGCUAUGUACAAAAAAAAAAAGAAGAAAAAAAAACACAUACAUGUACAGAAAUGUCACUGCGGAGGUCUUUUUUUAUAUUCAAUGUAACCAUGAACUACUAUUAGGUACAGGAUGACUAUGCUAAUCCUCAUAACCAAAAGGAUAUACAACGCUGUAGAUACAUUAAGAUCUCUAUACGAUCAUAGCCGUUUACUAUCUUCAAAUAUUGCACAACUAACAAACAUAGGUACAACCAAGACAUUGUGCUAUAUGAGGAUCGGUGAAAGAAUCAAUGCAUAUGUUUUUUUUCUACAAAGUAUCAACAUAUUAUUACACGGCCCGUCUAUUUUGUUUUUACGCUGGGCCCCGACAAUGUAAGGUCCAGUCUCAUCUAACUGUAAAUUACAGUACAAAUCCCUAACAUAAAAGAUACCAUGGAAUGCCGUCCACCCACUGGGACUUGUAGAUGCCAUUAUUUUGCCAGAAGCCACACUAGCAGCGGUAACAGCAUCAGUAAGUCAUUACAACUGAUAAAAAACACUCAGCAUGACAGUAAAUAGAUAUCUUAACAUUCGAUAUGGCAGUUCUGUCAAUCUGUAGCAGUGUGAAAUGUGUUCUUUGGUCAUAAAUGUAUCCUACAAAGUAUGAAAUGAGGGGAGGCGGUUUGUCCGAGGACCAACUGAUGUAGAUUGAACAAUAAAUGAUAUGCAGAGGAA